AAAAACACUUAAUUUAUUUUCGCGACAGAGAGAAAAAGAAAAAGCAAAAGCUAAAAACUGCUACCCUCUUCUCCCACGAUCUCCACUUCACCUUAAUUCGAUCAGUUACGGAACACCAAGCUGAUUUCAUUCAAAAACCUCUCAAUCUCUUCCUUUUCUCAUCCCUGUUUCUCUUUCCUUUAAUCGGAUACAAAAAUCAAAACCUCUAUUUUGAAUUAUGGGUUUUAAUAGCUUUCUUCUGUUUUUCAAUCAAUCAAAUUCUUAUGAUUUUGGGUUUUAAUAGCUUUCUUCUUCUGUUUGUAUUCAAUUGAAUUUCUUUCUCAUCCUUGUUUCUCCUUCCUUUAAUCGGAUUCAUAAUCGAUACUUCAUUCUCCAGAUAUGCCGCUUGAUAUCACGCCUAUUUCCCAGUUAACACUAGCAUCAGAUCCAUGUAAAAUCAAUGUUCAAAUUUGUCCGUCUUUGGGGAUUCCCAAAAAAAGAUAAACUUAAUAAAUUUUCAGGAAUCGAUCUUCUCCUUGUGGACGAAAAGGGAAGUAGGAUACAAGCUUCUGUAAAAGGAAAAUUAGUCUCAAAAUUUCAGAAGGAUUUAAAAGAAGGGGAUUGCUGUGUUCUUAUGAACUUUGAAUUAUGCCCCAAUCUUGGAAAUUUUCGAACUUGUGACCAUCAUUACAAGAUCAAUUUUCUAUUCUACACAUGUGUUAAACCGAGCGAGGAAAUUGAUAAUCUGCAAGCCUCUUUCAACUUAUGUCCUUUUUCUGUGAUAAUAUCAAGAAGAAACGAUGAUACUAUAUUCAUCGACAUUAUUGGCGAGAUUGUUCUGAUGAAUGAAGUUAAGAAUCUCACAACUACCGAAGGUCCCACAAAAUUGCUUAAUCUUCAGCUCAAGGAUCUUGGUUGCAGAAGAUGUCCACUUUAAUGUUAACUCCCAACCAUCUGGUCCUGUUAUUUUCCUUGGAAGCUUAAUGAAGACUUUGUUAUAUAAAGGUAAAGGCACAGUUCAAAGUUCAAAAUUUACAACAAAAAUUUAUAUCAGUUCUCCUCUACCAGAGAUUAUCCAGUUUCAAGAAGCGCUGUGCACAGAGGAACCAAGAACAUCUAUUAUUGAAAUAAAAUCUUCAAGCUCAAUUAAGAUUUCCAAACAGUCGUUUCUCUUAUCUGAAAGGAAAACUAUCAUCAAACUCAUGGAAAGUUACCAGGCUAAGAGCUGCAACAUACUAGCAUCAAUUUCCCUGGCACCAAAAACUUCAUGGUUUUACAAUGGGUGUACGAUUUGCUUUACUAAAGUGACUCAAUACUUUAACCCUAAAACUGAAGAACUAGAAGAAGACAACUAUUCUUGUGUUAAAUGUGCUAAACAGAUAACCACGACGCAACCCUGGUUUAAGUUGCACAUCAAAGCAACAGACAUCACUGGUAGCACUUCGUUAAUUUUAUUCGAUGAUGUGGUCAUUCCACUCAUUAAAAAAUUUGCAUAUGAAUUGCUUGAGCAACAAGUGCAGUUUAAUCGUGAGGGCGAAACACCUCAAGAACUGCUUGACUUAGACGGCCGUUGUUAUGUUUUCAAGAUCAUGCUUAAAGAUGAUGAAAAACAUAAUCAAUCUUCUUCAUACAAAGUUAUAAGUCUUAUUGAUGUUCUAGACAUUAUUCAGAGUUUCUCUGAAUCUGAUUCUACUUUGAAUGCUAAUGACCAAGAAAGAAUCACUGUAUCUGGAACUUCAACUGGAACUUCAAUUGGGACCUCAAUUCAGUGUGAAAACAUAUCUUCUGCCAUCAUAAAUAUAGACAACGGUGCCGACAAUGUUUUUAACACAGCAACCCCAACUCCAACAAGAAAAAGAUCCUUCCCAGCAUCUAAAGAUGUGCAACAAUCAACAACGAAGCCUAAGCUAAUGUCCAAGAGUCAGAUUAAGAAGGAAAAAAAGUGAUUGUAGGAAAAAGUUGUUAUGUAUUUCUUAUUUUUCUUUGUUAGGGGACUUAGGAUUAUCACUUUUAAUCUUAAAAUUUAGGAGGAUUCUCACUUUUCAAUUUGCGCUUUUCUUUUUAGGGUUUUAACCAUGUCAACUUUCACAUAUUAAUGCAAGUGAAUAUCUUUAUGUACUAA